UUACUACAAUUGUAGAGCUAAGAGGACAGACAGGGAUACUAUACGACCUUUUUCACAAUAUAGCAGAUUUUGGGGGCAUAAUGCCAGACGUUAAAUAGUAUAAAUGGCACUUGAGCAUGCGUAACACAUCAUUCAGCCACAGACCACCUGAAAGACAGACCUCAAAAAUGUACAAACAGCUCAUCACACUCGCACUCAUCGGAUUCGCCUCGGCCAAGCCUCAAUGGCCAGUGGCGUACUCAGCGGCCCUGAGUUCUCCCGUUGGCUACCCCGCAUAUGCUGCCUCCCUGGCGUACCCAUCUUACUCUGCUCCAAUCGGCUACAGCUCUUACACGACGAACACAUAUGCUGCCCUGCCGCAGGUUGCUGAGGUCGCCGCCCCCGUCGCUCCCAUCGCCCCCGCUCAAUUCGCCCGGUACAUCUCCGUCCCCCAAGUAGCGCGUGUCGCCCCCGUGACGCCUGUGGCCCCCGUGGCCCCUGUCGCCCCCGUCGCCUACCAAGCCUACACCACAUACCCGGCCGCCGCCCCCGUCGCCUACACCUACGACUAUGACUAUAAUAACUAUGGUCUCUGGAAGCGCAAGUGAAAAUAAAAACAUACAUUUUUACAUAAU